AUGGCCGUCACAAAGGAGACGGUCGUAGAGGCCUACCAUCGCAUCAAGGCCCACGUGCACCGCACACGAGUAUUCACCUGCGAUGCGCUGAACAGCCGCGCCUCGGAGGCCGCCGGCACGCCAAAGCAGCUGUUCAUGAAGGCAGAACAUGAGCAGAAGGUCGGCGCCUUCAAGAUCCGGGGCGCCAUCAACGCCGUCUCCCUCUCCAAGGCGGAUUUCGUGGUGACUCAGAGUAGCGGCAAUCACGCGCAGGCCAUCGCUCAAGCUUGCAAGGUGCUCAGCAAAACGGCCAUCAUAGUCAUGCCAGAGGACUCUCCCGCCGUCAAGAUCAAUGCCGUACGGGACACGUAUGGCGCGGAGGUGAAAUUGUGCAAGCCGACACAGGAGGCCAGGGAGGCGAUGUCUGCGGAGGUGGUGGCCGGCAUCCGUGCGGAGAAAGGGGAGGAGAAGGCAGAGGAGAUCCACCCGAACCAGGACCUACGGGUCAUCAAUGGCCAGGGCACUAUCGGAUUGGAGCUCCUAGAGCAGCAGCCAGACAUUGAUGCCGUGAUCUGCUCCAUUGGUGGUGGCGGCCUCAUCUCCGGCGUCGCCACGUACCUCAAGGCGGUCAAGCCAGAGGUCAAGGUGAUCGGCGCAGAGCCGGAGCGGGCAAGGAGCGCUUACAUGUCGAAGCAGGAGGGGAAGCUGGUUAAGAACCCACCAAACACGCCGAUCGUCACCAUCGCCGACUCUGUGAAGAGCAGUCUGGGAGCAAACUCGUACCCAAUUGUGGAGAAGCUUGUCGACGACGUCUUCAUUGUCACCGAGGACGAGAUUGAGGACGCCACCCGCUUCGUGAUGGAGCGUGCCAAGCAGGUCAUUGAGCCUGGUUGCGGCGUCGCUGUGGCCGUGGCGACAUCGAAGGCCUUCUAUGAGAAGUACCCAGACGUGAAAAACGUGGCCAUCGUCAUGUGUGGUGGCAACAUCGAUCUUGACAACUUGCCCUGGGUGAAACGGCGCCGCAUGGACGACAGGUGA